AUGCCUGCCACUAUCAAUGGGAUCGAUGUGUGGCCCUGUCCUCUCAACGAUAAGCACCUGCAAUUUCCUUUGAAGGAUGAUGACGGAGGUAGUACACCCCAUGGGAAUGAUGGGGGAGAUCUACUAUUGGAAUCUUUGUCCAAGCCCACUUUCCAUGUCACCGCCCCCAGUGGGUGGCUAAACGAUCCCUGCGGCCCGGGAUAUGACCCAGCGACUGGGCUAUACCAUAUUUUCUUCCAGUGGAAUCCGCAUGGCAACAAUUGGGGCAACAUGUCCUGGGGCCAUGCCACUUCCUCCGACUUUGUCUCAUGGAAGACAGAUCCGCAGCCAGUUUUGGUGCCAUCAACAGAAUACGACCGCUGCGGUGUUUUCACUGGUUGUUUACAGGCAACCGACAUACAAGGAAACUCCGGAGCCCUCACCGUCAUCUACACCUCGGUGAAAUGCCUUCCGAUUCACUACACGCUUCCGUACAUCAUUGGAAGUGAGUCUCUGAGUCUGGCAGUCUCGAGUGAUGGUGGCAAGACGUGGGAACGCCAGGCAUGCAACCCGAUCCUCCCAGGUCCACCCCAGGAUCUCUCCGUAACAGGAUGGAGAGAUCCCAGCUUUGCAACCUGGAUCCGAGGACAGCAGAGUGUUUCUGAAAACAAGCAGUCCGACCUAUGUGGCCUUAUUUCUGGUGGCAUUGUUGCCCAAACACCAACCGUUUUUGUCUAUACUGUCAACCCGGAGGACCUUCGACAAUGGCAGUAUGAUGGCCCCUUGGUCGACGUCGGCCUCAACUUCCGUCCCUCACACUGGUCAGGCGAUUUCGGCAUCAACUGGGAAGUAGGUAAUUUGAUGACCUUAGCCAACGAAUUUGGUGACUCCCGGGACUUUGUUGUCAUGAAGGUUGAAGGAGGCCUACGCCCAAAAGCCUCCGGCAGGAAUACCCGAGAAGCUCGUCAAAGGCGCCACCCCCGAGGGCAGCUUUGGAUGUCCAUUAAACCGUCUACACAAAGACGCACCAGGGAAGGCGCAUUGGCAACUUAUGCCUUUGCUGGAAUAUUUGACCAUGGAUGUUUCUAUGCUGCCAACUCUUUCUGGGACCCGCAAACCUCCAAGCAUAUUUUAUAUGGAUGGAUCACGGAGGAAGAUCUAAGUGACGAUUCUCGCCAUCGCCAGGGAUGGAGUGGCAUGGUCUCGCUGCCUCGAGCCGUGCGGUUAAUCACAUUGCGCAACGUUAAAAAGGCACGCACCUCAUCAUUGCGAUCAAUCACCUCAAUUGAGAUGAUUGCCGACACAUCAGAAGGAAAUACAUUCUCUAUUUACACUUUGGGAAUUAGUCCAGACAGGCGCCUUUCGCGUCUUCGACCUCGAGAUAGAAAGGACCAACACCAGAGCCUACCGUUGCCUCUACCCCUCACUGCCUCCUCUGAUCAUCGCUUUCCCCUGACAUCGGCUCGUUGGGAAUUGCAGGCCGAGUUCGCGGUCGGUCAAUCGUGUGAACGAGUGGGGAUUGAAAUUGCCCACAGUCCCAGUUACACCCACUGCACGACUCUGGCUUGGGACCCGCGUAACGAACAAUUCACCAUCCACCGGCCCGUUGUACAAGAUCCCGAAAUAAACCAUGCAUACGAGUGUGCACCUCAUACACUUUUCACCUUCGUAAACGAGCAAGGUGAGGAGAUCGAAGAGACUCUACAAGUACAUGCAUUUUUCGACAAGAACGUACUAGAAGUCUUCGUAAACGAACGAAGCGUCAUUUCUACUCGAAUCUAUCAUACCGGGGACCGUUGUUUUGGGAUAAGGUUUUUCGCGGAAUCGAUUGACAAGUGCUCUCAAGAACAGCUGGCAGUGCUUCUCCAGGCCGAUACCUGGGAUAGACUUGGAGAGAACUAG